UGGUGGAGGAGCUGAACAGUGGAAAGGUGAUGUACGCUUUCUGUCGUGUUCAGGACCCAAGCUCUGGUCUGCCCAAAUACGUCCUCAUAAACUGGACAGGUGAAGGUGUGAAGGACUCCAGGAAAGGCAUGUGUGCCAACCAUGUGAGCUCCAUGGCCAACUUCCUGAAGGGAGCUCAUGUGACAAUAAACGCUCGGGGAGAGGAAGACGUGGAACCAGAGACUAUCCUGGGGAAAGUGGGCAAAGCGUCUGGAGCCAACUUCAAUUUCCACAAAAGAACAGAAUACAAAGAUGCACCGCGGGGACCUGUGGGUUCUGUGUAUCGGAAAAUCAGCGCCAUGGAAGAAAUCCAACAGAUCAAUAAAGACGACUUCUGGUCCAAAGCUCAGAGAGAUGAAGAAGUCCGUCAACAGGAGGAGAAGCAGCGGACAGAGCUGGAGAGACAGAUGAGGGAGAGGGAGAGGAUGGAGCUCUAUCAGAAGCAGAGGGAGGAGGAGGAGGAAAGAGAGAAGGAACAGCAGAGGCUGAACCAGCAGGACAAUGACACCAGGAAGACGGGAAUCAGCUCUGCUGCGUCCGUGCAGAAAGCUAACGAGGCUAAAUCUCUGAUCUCUCAGAGAGAGUUUAAUCCAAGAGACAUUUUCAAACAGAGGGAGCAGAGCUUUGAGGCCAACGACAGACCGUCUCCUGCUGCGUACCGACCAGGGAAGCUGCAGAGUCCGUUUUUUGCUCAGAAAUCCUUCGAGAGAGAGUCCCCUGCAAGGCCGCGGUCUCCUCCAGGUCCAUCUGCGGUCCAGGUCUUACCCAUGAACCCCCCAUCUCCGGUUGCACCUGCCUCCCCAGUGCUGUCGUACUCACCUGCCCGGGCUGCCUCUCCGACACUCCCAGAGACGAAUGGCUCACCUCCUCUAUACAGGCCACACUCACUUGUUCCAGAGGUCCACUCACCUGUGGAACCUGCAGACGCUGCUUACACCGAGGAGGAGUGGUCAGAUGAGUUUGAUGAUGAUGCAGAUGAAGCUCCUUCAGGAGUGACUCCAGUUCAGGAUGACCUGUAUGAGGCGCCACAGCCAGUUGUAACAGAAGAGGACCUGUAUGAGAAUAUUUACCAGGACACGUCCAGGAAUGAAGAGAACAACGUGCAAACUGGAGGAGAGGACAUCCGGGCCAGAGCUCUGUACGACUACCAGGCUGUGGACGACACCGAGAUAACCUUUGACCCUGAUGACAUCAUAACGGGGAUCGACAUGGUGGACGAGGGUUGGUGGAGAGGUUUCGGGCCGGACGGAAACUACGGCAUGUUCCCCGCAAACUACGUGGAGCUCCUCUAGCUCUCCUCGCUGCUUUAAUGUUCCCGUUUCACAUCAGGUCCCAGGUCAACAAAACUAAACCUCUGCUUCACGUCACCCUCUCUGUGUCUGUCUCAUUAAAGGUGUGCUGAUAUUUCACGUCACCCUCUCUGUGUCUGUCUCAUUAAAGGUGUGCUGAUAUUUCACGUCACCCUCUCUGUGUCUGUCUCAUUAAAGGUGUGCUGAUAUUUCACGUCACCCUCUCUGUGUCUGUCUCAUUAAAGGUGUGCUGAUAUUUCACGUCACCCUCUCUGUGUCAGUCUCAUUAAAGGUGUGCUGAUAUUUCACGUCA